AUGUUCACGCAUCUUUUCGUCGGCUUGCUCUGCCUGGCAAGCCAAACAAACGCCCUGCGCACGUCACUCCCCAUCCGCGAAUUGCGCAAACAGAUUCGCUCUCUGCCCGAGCCUGCUCAGCUCGACCGCCGCGACGCCCCUCUGUACCCUGCCUACAACAUUUCCGUGCCGAUUGACCACUUCCACAACGAUUCCCUGUACGAGCCGCACACAAAUGGCACCUUCCCGCUCCGCUACUGGUUCGACGCCACGUACUACCAACCCGGAGGCCCCGUCAUUGUCCUCGCAAGUGGUGAAACCAGCGGUGAGGAUCGCUUUCCCUAUUUGCAAAAGGGCAUUGUUGCCCAGUUAGCCAACGCUACCGGAGGGCUGGGCGUCAUCUUGGAGCACCGUUACUACGGCGAGAGCUGGCCCGUGUCGGAUCUGACCACUGAGAACCUGCGCUUCUUAACCACUGCUCAGGCGUUGAAAGACACGCAGUACUUUGCAGAGCACGUCGCGUUCGAAGGCCUGGACAGCUAUGACUUGAGCCCUUCCAGCACCCCCUGGAUCGCUUACGGCGGCUCUUAUGCCGGCGCUUUCGUGGCCUUUCUUCGCAAACUCUACCCCGAAACUUUCUGGGGCGCCAUCUCUUCAUCGGGGGUCACGGAGGCCAUAUAUGACUACUGGCAGUAUUACGAAGCCCAGAGGCUGUACGGGCCUCCGGACUGCGUCAGCACCCUGCAAAAGCUGACACACGUUGUUGACAACAUUCUGAUGGACCAAAACAAUACCAAGUACAAGGAUCAGCUCAAGAAUGCCUUUGGUCUUGGCAACCUGACUUACGAUGAUGAUUUUGCCAACGUCUUGAGCUACGGCAUCAUGGGGUGGCAGAGCCUCAAUUGGGAUCCCGCCGUGUCGGAUCCUUCGGUGUUUGAGUACUGCAGCAACCUCACUUCGGACUCGCUGCUGUACCCCGACACGGCUGCGCUGGAGCCGGACGUCGAGGAGCUGCUCCGCAUCGGCGGAUAUAGCGAUGAGGUGUCAAGUCUCAGCAGUAGGAUGCUCAACUACAUCGGCUAUGUCAAUCUGACGCAGGUUUCCCAGUGCAGCGGUACGCAAGACGGGUGUUUCUCCAACUACAACGCCACUUUCUAUGCCCAGGAUGACAUUUCGCAGACGUGGCGAGCAUGGCCGUACCAGUAUUGCACGCAGUGGGGUUAUCUCCAAACAGGGAGCGGAGUGCCAAGCACACAACUACCUCUGAUCUCGCGCUUGAUUGACAUUGAUUACAACGCCAUUGUCUGUCGAGACGCGUUCAACAUCACGACAGCAGCAGACGUCGAGGCAAUCAACAAGUACGGCGGAUUCGGCAUCAGCUAUCCGCGGCUCGCCAUCAUCGACGGUGAGGCGGACCCGUGGCGGGCGGCGACGCCGCACGCGUUUGCUGCGCCGAACCGCACGUCGACGGACAGCGAGCCGUUCAUGCUCAUCACGGGCAAAGCAGUGCACCAUUGGGAUGAGAACGGGCUUUUCCCGAACGAGACGACGGCGGACUUGCCGCCGAAGCCGGUGGCAGAGGCGCAGGCGAGGGAGGCGCGGUUUGUGAAGGCGUGGGUGUCGGAGUUUGCGCAGGGUCGCGGGCGUGUUGAAGGCAUGUUUAAGCGGAACCCGUGA